GUCCUCUGUUCUUGUGGCUGUGGAUAACCGAAAAAAAGCUUGGUUUUGAUGGAGUCUCAACUAUUACUGUGCAGAAGAUAACGCCAUUUUCCUACACUUCGCUCAUCGAUCAAUCAAUCAUUCUUGUGUCCAUUCCCCUCUCCACGUAUACGGAUAAUUCCUCUCUCGACACGCCGGCUUUCACUUUUUCUUUAACACACCCAAACUUUUCCCUUCUACACUUCGAUGGCAUUUGAAUUUCAGGGUAGUACCUUUCUACCGUCAAGUUCGUCGACAACAUGGCUUCCAUACAAUCCAACUCGGACUUAUUUUUCAUGUAAAAGAGCCAAAUUGGACGGCCUGCUAAGCAGCUGGGGAAAUUCAAGGAAAAGAUGCCUUAUAAGAGCUGUUUUAUCAGAAAAGAAUGACAGUAGUCUCAAUCCUAGUUUCAUAGGCUUUAAGAAAAGCUAUUUACAACUUUGCAGACAAAGAAACCUCUCACCCCUCGCUUCAGCAGAUGAGAGUGUAACUGUCAAUGGGAGUCCCCAAGCAAGCACUAGUUCUGAUGUUGAGAAAAUGAGGAUCAGGUUAGAUGACUCACGGAAACAAGAUUGUAAUGAUGGCCUUGUUCAAUCUUUGCAUGAUGCUGCAAGAAAUUUUGAGUUGGCUAUUAAAGAACACAGUGCGUCCUCAAAAAUGCGUUGGUUUUCAACAGCUUGGCUUGGUAUGGACAGAAAUGCAUGGGUUAAGUCGCUGUCUUAUCAGGCCUCUGUGUAUUCUUUGUUGCAAGCAGCUUGUGAAAUUUCAUCUCGGGGUGAUAAUAGAGACAAAGAUGUCAACGUUUUUGUUGAGAGAAGUUUACUACGCCAAUCUGCUCCCUUGGAGAGCUUAAUCAGAGAUAAACUAUUAGCGAAGCAACCAGAAACUUAUGACUGGUUUUGGUCUCAGCAGAUCCCGGUGGUGACAGCAUCAUUUGUCAAUUAUUUUGAACAGGACCCACGCUUUUCUGCUGCAACUGCAUUGGAUGGCAGAGGAUUAUCUAUGGACUCUGGCAGUACAAGUGUGUCACUCCUCAUGCUUGCACUGGCUUGUCUUGCUGCUAUCACGAAACUUGGGCCUGCAAAAGUCUCUUGUCCACAAUUUUUUUCUAUAAUUCCAGAGAUAUCUGGUAGAUUGAUGGACACGCUGAUAGAAUAUGUUCCUAUUUCUGAAGCUUUUGAAUCCAUAAAGAGCAUUGGUCUGCGUCGAGAAUUCCUUCUUCAUUUUGGUUCUCGAGCAGCUGCUUGCAGAGUAAAAAAUGACUGGGGUGCAGAAGAAGUAAUCUUCUGGGUUGGUCUUGUACAGAAGCAGCUACAGCAAGCUAUAGAUAGAGAAAGAAUAUGGUCCAGAUUGACAACAUCAGAAAGUAUUGAGGUUUUGGAGAAAGAUUUGGCUAUAUUUGGAUUCUUUAUUGCCUUGGGAAGAAGCACACAGUCUUUUCUCUCUGCUAAUGGAUUUGAAGUUUUAGAUGAUUCUCUUGGAAGCUUCAUCAGGUACCUUAUAGGGGGAAGCGUCUUAUACUAUCCUCACCUUUCAUCAAUCAGUUCUUAUCAAUUAUAUGUGGAGGUAGUCUGUGAAGAGCUGGAUUGGCUUCCAUUUUACCCAAACAACCCUGGCUAUUUGAAACCAUCUGAUGGGCAUAUGAACAAAAGAGAAGGUCCUCCAAAUGUUGAGGCAAUCCCCCAAGCAUUAGAUGUUUGUGCUCAUUGGAUUGAGUGCUUCAUCAAGUACAGUAAAUGGUUGGAGAGUCCUUCAAAUGUAAAGGCGGCAAAAUUUCUAUCAGUGGGGCAUACCAAGUUGACAGAAUGUAUGGAAGAGCUAGGUAUUAUGAAGAAUGAGAUGCUAGAGAGAAAUGCCAAUAUUUCUCUUGAAAAGAGUGGAUCAAGUAAUUCUUCAACCACUAAGCGUGAAACUGAAUCCUUUGACAAGGCUUUGGAAAGUGUUGAAGAAGCAUUGAAACGACUUGAACAGUUGCUUCAAGAACUGCAUCUAUCAAGUACAAAUUCUGGAAGAGAACAUUUAAAAGCUGCUUGUUCUGACCUUGAGAAAAUAAGGAAACUAAAGAAAGAAGCUGAAUUUCUGGAGGCAUCUUUCAGAGCAAAAGCAGCUUUUCUUGAGCAGGAAGCUGAUGAAAGUCGUUCCAGUAGCAACCAACGUGAAUACCUGAAAGGAAACAAUAAAAAGAGGGCUAAGACAGUUAACAACAGGAGCAACAGAACUCGUAGGCUAUGGAACUUGGUCCCUUCUACCUGGCAACCUGAUCCUGAGUCGGGCAUUGACGGAUCAGAGGAUGCCAUUGGACGUCACACUUCUGAUAUAGAUGUAAUGAACACAGAAUUGAAUGAGUUCCAUCGUUUUGAACUUCUCCGAAAUGAGCUAAUAGAACUUGAAAAACGGGUACAGAAAAGCUCGGAAGAAUCAGAAACUGAUGAGGAUCCGAAGGAUACAGAUGAUGCUGCAAGCAGUUUCCGUAAUCGUGAGAAUAGUCAACUAUUGCAGAUUCAGAAGAAAGACAAUAUUAUUGAAAAAUCUAUUGACAAGCUUAAGGAAACUAGCACAGAUGUAUGGCAAGGCACGCAACUCUUGGCUAUUGAUGUUGCUGCUGCUAUGGGAUUGCUUAGGAGGGUACUGAUUGGAGAUGAGUUGACUGGGAAAGAAAAGAAUGCCCUACGAAGAACCCUAACCGACCUAGCAUCUGUUGUUCCAAUUGGUGUAUUGAUGCUUCUUCCAGUUACAGCAGUUGGACAUGCAGCUAUGCUGGCUGCCAUCCAGAGAUAUGUACCAUCCUUGAUACCAUCGACAUAUGGACAAGAAAGGUUGAAUCUAUUGAGACAGCUUGAGAAAGUCAAGGAAAUGAAAACCAGUGAAGUAAACUCAGAUGAGAACACUGAGGAAGAAGAAGCUGAGUGAAGCAGCUUGCAUUUUGUAGGGUUAUGGAAACGAGAGUUCUAAACAUGAGGCAGGCACCAGUGAAGCUUCAUCUGGCGUGUCGGGCUCACGAUUCUUUGAAGGGUGUUCAUCCUUUCUGAACUCUGUUAGAUAUGUAAUAUUCAAUACCUGAACUUUAUGUUUUACAGAAUCCAUUUGUUUUAUUACAUUUGAAAUGAAAAUAUUGUUUUCUGGCUCA